AUCUACUGGCUGUCAGUGAACGUAUCUUGCUGGUAUUUUGGCCAGUUUUCGACCAAUACAUUUCAUGGAUGUUGCUUAAACGGAGAUUGUAGUAAAUAUCAUAGAAUCAAAAAUGACCGUCUCUAAAAUCAUUCUCACGGUAUAUUUCGUAGUGCUGGUUACUGUUACUUCGUCAGAAUUUACAGCUGAAGAUUGUAAAAUCUUGGGAUUCAAUAAGGCCAAUUUGUUAUGCUCAACGUGUGACAAGCUAAACAACUUCAAACUAAAUGAUAUAGAAGAAAAGUGCAGAGAGUGCUGCCUGAAAGAUGAUGACGAUGGUUCCAGUCUAAGAAGAUAUCCCAAAGCGAUACUUGAAGUUUGCACUUGUAAAUUUGGAGCAUAUCCACAAAUUCAAGCAUUCAUCAAGAGUGAUAGACCUAGCAAGUUCAAGAAUCUACAAAUCAAAUAUCUUCGUGGGUUGGAUCCUAUUAUUAAGUUGCUUGAUGAAGAUGGUAAGGUUGAAGAUGUCCUUGAUAUUCAUAAAUGGGACACUGACUCCGUAGAUGAAUUUUUAACAACGCAUCUAGUUAUGGAUGCGUAACAGAGAAUACAUCGUAAGUUUUUAAAAAAAUUUGUCAUGCUAUUACCAUCACUAUUUGUAAUAAACAGUAAUAUACUAUGACAUUUUGCUA